AUGUAAUUAGCUAUCCUAGCCUUAUGUAUCAUUGAAAUAACUACUUACGAUUAUUGGGGUAACGCAUAUACAGCUUUUGAUUCUACUGAUAUAGCAGAUAAUGAUGGCUGGUUGAUGCAUGGAAAUAAUGGAAAUGUAUUUAAUAGUACGUGCGGCACAAAGUCAUUGUUUGGAGGUUUUAAUAUAUUAGGAGCUGGGGCAAGUGUUUCAAAAAUAAUUUCUCUGCCAGCACAUUUUAAAGUAAGAGUUUCUUUAGAAUUUUGGAAGAUAGAUAGUUGGGAUGAAGAAAUAUUAUACAUUAUUUUAGAUAAUAAUGUAACAACUGAUCAUUGGUAUUGGAGUACCGGAGAUAUGAUAUGCGGGAAUGUACCUUAUUGGAGCGAAUGGAAAGAAGUUCAGAAAAAUUUUUCAAUAGAAUUCAAGCACAAUUAACCAACACUUGCUGUAAUAAUCACAACUACUUUAGAUGAAGUUCCAUUGACAGAAUCCUGGGGAUUUAGAAAUUUUAAAGUGGAUGUAUUGUAUUGCGCACCAGGGUGUAUAAUUUGUAAUGAAGAUGGGCCUGAUCAAUGUUGGUAUUAUGCAUAAAUUGAAAAAAAUUGGUUUGGAACAGAAGAUUUUAAUACUGAUGGCUGGACCCUUAAUACUUAUAACUCCCCUACAUACAGUACUUGCGUCAACAUAAAUGUAAUUGGAGGAAUUGGUUAAUUUACAUAAGCUACGGAGUUAUAAAAGUAGUAUACUUCUUUGGAUCCUCAUUUUAAACUUAUGUUGCAAGUUCAGGUAUGGAAAUUUGAUGUUUGGACUGCUAAUUCGUUUACAAUAGAAAUUGAUGGUUAAAAUGCUGCAACAGCAAUAUUUAAUAAAGAUGAGGUUACUCAAUUAUGUGGUAAUAGUGGUGGAGGAGAACGUUUGUUAAAUAUUGAGAUUAUAUAGACUCACACAGCUGAUAGCAUGUUAAUUAAAAUGAAAUCUGACCUUUCGUCAACGGCAGGAUCUUGGGGAUUACGAGCAUUUAGUUUACUUUUAGGUAAAUGUUAUGAAAAAUGCCUUACUUGUUCAGGGCCAAAUUACGAUAACUGCUAAAGUUGCAAAACUGGAUAUUUUUUACUUGAUUCUCAAUGUGAUGAUGUUAAAUGGAUCUUAGGCUUAUAACAAUAUUUUCUACCUUAAGAUUUUUAAAUAUAAACUGGAUGGACCAUAUCAAAUGUUUAUUAUAAUCGAAAUCCAUUUUAAUUAUGUAAUGGUUAGAAUUUAGUAGGAGGAACGUAAUUAUUAGCUAAAGAUGCUUCAAUAACCUUAAGUUUUGAACUUCCACGUCACACAAAAAUAAGAAUUAAGUUAUAACUUUGGAAAUUUGACUCUUGGGAUAAUGAAUGGUUUAGAGUAUUUGCAGAUGGAACUUAAGUUUAUUAGUUGUAAAUUGGGUUGAAUGGAGCUCUAAUCCUUUGUGGAACAUAUAGUACAAGCUCCUAUGUAAAGAAUUUAGAUUUUAACUUCCUACAUAAUUAACAGUCUAUCAUAUUAAUGAUGACAUCUACACUAGAUGAACCAGCUGAUAAUGAAGCUUGGGGAAUAAGAAAUUUUUAAUUAUUUUAUGGAGUCCCAAAGGAUUGUAGCAACUCUGUCGUUGAUUCCGUUACAUUACCUUCAUUCAUAGGAACUAAAUGUUUCUAGACAAUAUAUUAUUCAACAGAUCACACUUUGUAAAAUAAAAUAGAAAUAACCGAGCUUGGACUCUCUCUUUAGUCUAUCUUUGAUCAAAAUUUAUCUGUUGAUUCUGCAAUAAAGUAAUUGACAAUUUUAAUCGAAUGGAACUGUUUCUCAAGUGAUCAAACAUUUUCCAUUUCUAUUCUAUAAAGCAGUUUUCCAGAUUACAAAAAAGCAACAGUAUAUUGUAAAUAAAAACGCUCUAAUUUAUUAAAGUCUACUGUGAUUUUAUAAAGGACAAUAAUAUAAACAUCAACAAUCAGAUUAGUUGCGACUUCAACAAAAUUGUAAAUAUAGCAAACAGUUGAUGGGCAAACAACAACAUAAUAUGAAAUGAUAAUUAAUUGA